AUGGUAGCUAAUUCUUCUGAAAAGGAUAAAACAACUGUUAAGAUACAUAAUGUCACAAGUAUUGGAGAAGGCGUAGUUGAAUAUUUACAUUCCAGGCAUUCCAACGGGGAAGGUCCAGCAAAUCUGACAUAUGCUGUUACACGAAAAGCUUUAGAAUCAGCGCAAGCUGAUUUAGAACUUGCUAAAGAAACAGGAUAUAAACCAGAGUUGAGAAGAAAUUUUAGUGUCUUUGCACUUUUAGGGGUCGGAUUUGGUAUUACUAAUAGUUGGUUUGGUAUUUCAGCUUCCUUGAUUACUUCAAUUAGUAGUGGUGGUCCAAUGAUGGUUGUUUAUGGUAUUAUAAUUGUCGCUUUUAUUUCUUCCUUUAUUGCUAUAACAUUGUCUGAAUUAAUUAGUGCAAUGCCAAAUGCUGGUGGUCAAUACUAUUGGACUAAGAAAUUGGCUCCAAGGCAUUUAUCUGGAUUCGCUUCUUAUAUGUGUGGUUUAUUUUCAUGGGCAGCAUCUGUUUUUAUCUCUGCUUCAAUUUGUCUUUCGAUUGCUUCAUCUGUCGUAGGAAUGUACUUAAUAUAUCAUCCAGACACAGAAUUUCAAACUUGGAUAGUUUUUCUUGUUUAUGAAUUAACUAAUCUUUUCUUAACAAUUUUUAAUAUUUGGGAAAAGCCAUUACCCUUCAUUUCCCAAUCAGCCUUAUAUGUUUCUUUGGGAUCAUUCUUCAUUAUUACUGUUAUUGUAUUAGUAAAAUCAGGUGGAGAAUUCCAAAGUGCACAUUUUGUAUUUGUUGAAUUCACAAACGGUACCGGAUGGUCAUCAGGUGGUAUUGCUUUCAUUGUUGGAUUAAUUAAUCCAAAUUGGUCCUUUUCAUGUUUAGAUGCUGCUACUCAUUUGGCUGAAGAGUCAUCAGAUCCCAGAAGAAAAAUUCCUAUUGCCAUUAUAGGAACUGUUGUUAUUGGGUUGAUUACAUCACUCUCUUAUUCGAUUGCAAUGUUUUUUUGCAUAAAAGAUUUAGAAACACUUUUUAAUUCUAGAACGGGUGUUCCGAUCAUGGAUAUUUACUACCAAGUCCUUGGAAGCAAGGCAGGCGCUGUUGGAUUAGAAUUCUUAGUAUUUUUGACAGCAAUUGGCUGUAAUGUUACUUGUCAUACAUGGCAAGCAAGAUUAUGUUGGACAAUUGCUAGAGAUAAUGGAUUGCCUGGAUCAAGGUAUUGGUCUAGAGUCAAUAAAAAGACUGGUCUUCCAGUGAAUGCACAUCUUAUGUCAUGUUUUUGGAGUGCAGUUAUUGGAUGUAUUUAUAUGGGUUCAUCUACGGCUUAUAAUUCUAUGAUUAUUGGUGGAGUUGUAUUUCAAAUGUUAGCCUAUAGUAUUCCAGUGACCUUCUUAUUAAUAAAUGGCCGAGAUUCUAUUAAGCAUGGACCAUUCUGGCUCGGAAAGAUAGGUUUAUUUUCAAAUUGGGUUACACUUGGAUGGACUGUCUUUACUACAGUAUUUUACAGUUUCCCCCCAGUGAUGCCAGUCACUGGGGGAAACAUGAACUAUGUUUCUGUAGUUAUAGGAGUAUUUGCUGCAUACUGUGUAAUUUAUUGGAUUGCGAGAGGUAGAUAUAAGUUCACCUCAUUAGAGGAAAGAGAAAAUCAAAUUGAGCAGUUAACCCGUGAAUUAUCACCUCAAGUAUCUACUAUGGAGCAUGUCUUUUCAAAUGAAAAGGAAGUAUGAGUACUCUUUAGUUAUAUUUUGAACCUAAAUAAAUUAAAUAUCGC